AUGAGCCGGAAGAGGCCGCGCCCGGGCGCCGAGCCGCUGGGCCUGAGGCGGCGGCGCGGAGGCGGGCGCGCCGAGGCCGACCCCCCGGGGGGCGCGGCCGGGGCCCGGGGCGCGGGGGGCGGCCCUCCGGGCCCGGGGGCGGCGCGCGCGGCGGUGGCGGAGCUGGGCCGGCUGUUCCCGCGCGGCCUGUUCGAGGACGCGCUGCCGCCCAUCGCGCUGCGGAGCCAGGUGUACAGCCUGGUGCCCGACCGCACGGCGGCCGACCGGCAGCUGAAAGAACUUCAGGAACAGGGGGAGAUCAGAGUCAUCCAGCUGGGCUUCGACCUGGAUGCCCAUGGGAUUGUUCUCACCGAGGACUACAGGACCAGGGUCCUCAGGGCCUGCGACGGCCGGGCCUACGCGGGGGCCGUGCAGAAGUUCCUGGCCUUGGUGCUCCCAGCCUGCGGGGACCUUAGCUUCCAGCAGGACCAGAUGACGCAGACCUUUGGCUUCAGGGACACAGAGAUCACGCAGCUGGUCAGCGCCGGAGUGCUCACUGUCCGAGAUGCCGGGAGCUGGUGGCUGGCUGUGCCUGGAGCUGGGAGAUUCGUUAAGUGUUUUGUGAAAGGGCGCCAGGCUGUCCUUGGUAUGGUCCGGAAGGCCAAGUACCGGGAGCUGCUCCUGUCGGAGCUCCUGGGCCGGCGCGCGCCUGCCUCGGUGAGACUCGGCCUUGCCUACCAUGUGCACGACCUCAUCGGGGCCCAGCUGGUGGACUGUGUCCCCACCACUUCUGGAACCCUCCUGCGCCUGCCAGAGACGUGA